AUGGCUACCAUCCAACAUUACGUUCUUUUCGAAAAUGUAUCUGGCUAUAGUCUCUUUCUGGUGAGAGAGUUUGACGAAAUUACCAAGACCUUCACCGCACAUGUUAAUUCAUUCUUGAAGCCAAUUGCAUUUGUCCCCUUCAACUCCCUUCCAGAAGCCAUGGAAAAUGUGCAAAAUAUCAGUGAAGGCCGAGUUUCGCCUCUUUUAUCUGGCUUUCUGAGGCAAAAUCUGCCAGUCAAAGAUGCUGUUCUUGGCGUUGCUGAUCAGGCACUAGGUGAAGGCAUUUUGCAGCUCGAUAUUGGCUUCGAGUGUAUUUGGGACGCUUCCAUCCGCGAGUUGUUGCGGGUUAUUCGAGCCAACUCCUCCCGGCUUUUGCGUUCUCUAAUUGUGCAGCCAGGAGCAUCCAUUUCCGCGGCUAAAAAACCUACUACAUCUGAGCAAGAGACCGUCCCCGCACGAAUGGCCGAAAAGCGUGCUCAAUUAGUCGUGGCUCUAUCACGUGCUCGACUGCAGUUGGAUCUUAUCCAACAUCUCGCCGACACAGGAGUGGUGCGAUCUCUUGACCUUCUUGAUAGUAUGGACGCAAGUCUUGCCAAAUCGAUGAAACAUUUACGCGUCUCUUAUGGUCUCCACUUCCCGGAAGUGUGUCGCGGCGGCGGAUUGCCCGGAAUGGAUGACUUUGCACUUGCUUCUAUUGUCACACGUGCUCCUCUGAGAGAUCAGCUGGUUCGGCAGAAGGAACAGCUAAUAGGGUGGUUGGGUGGUAAUCAGAAAUUGGCUGAAACCGUCAUUGAACUUGCGAAAACUUCUACUGGUCAGGAUAUGUCUCCUGAUGAUGUCAAGACGUUGCAACAGUAUGGGCAUUUUUUUCUCAAAUUACUCGAGUCCAGGACGCACUGCUAUGAAAUGCUGGAGCACCGCGUUCGGGCACUGGUACCGAAUUUAACCGCAUUAAUGGACCAAGCACUACCCGAAAUAGGGGAUAGCGCGUCCUUGGAGCGGGUUCGAAAGGUCAGUGAUCGUGUUUCGCCCGCGAUUGUUGCUGCUCGACUCCUUUCACAUGCAGUCAAUCUCGACAGACUUGCCAAAAUGCCCAGUUCUCGAAUCAACUCUUUGGGUGCCUCGAAGUCUCUCUUCCAGCGAAGCGGUGCCGUGGUCGCCACUGCCGCCGGUCUUCUGGGACGCACACUAACUCAGGCCUCAGCAGAGGGUAAUGUUAAUGCCGAAGAGAAAUCCGAGAAAAAAAACGAAGAGGAGAGGAAGAGUGAUCCAGCAAUAUCCUCCUUAACUAAAAGCAUUGUUGAGAUGAGUGGCGGUCGGCUGCGCGAUAUGGUGGUUCGGCGUCGAGUUGCUCGUUUGCUCGCGGCCAAGUCGACUUUGGCCGCGAGAGCUGACUGUUACCGUAGAAUGAAUCCCUUUGUUGACACUACUACAGUCGAGUCGAAAAGCGCUGUCGCUUCGCAAAAUUUGGACUCUGGUAAAUAUGGUGUUGCCCUAGGCCAGGAGACUAAGCGACAACUGCGUGUGUGGGCGGAGGCGAACGGUGUGCAUCUGGAGAGGACUAUGCAGGAGCUGGAGAAACAACGAGCAAGCCGAAAAAGGUACCGGAAGGCGAAGCGGAAGGCUUGGCUUAGACGCAAAAUGACCGUUAAUGGUGCUCCUGUUCAAAAUCCCGAAUUGGAUGGAGGAAAGGCGCCCGUAGAUGCCACUCAAGGCGAUCAAUCGGAUGAGGAAAAGGGUGGGGAGAUUAGUGAUGACACCCCCAAAAAUGAGGUGACCAUAAUGCCGCUGAAACGAGGCGCAGACAACACGACGCCAGCAGCGACACCUACGAAACGCGCCAAGGUGACAUCGAAGACGAAUUCUGCAAGAAAACGGAUAACACCGAAACCGACCACCAUGCGUGUCCUUCGAUCCUCCACGCAUUCGACUCUAUCCAUAGAGUCUUGA